GCUCCACUUUUAUUUCCAUGACGUGGAUUCAAACCAAAUACUCCUGCGCACCAUCCGAAGCACAUUCGAGCACUCAAAUACAUUCCUCAAAAACCACUCAUGGAAAACAGCAUAUAGUAUCGAGUACGAUGGAAUUCAAUUUAGAAGAAAAAACUCCUCAAGACCAAACAACAAUGAAUAAUCAGUCCAAAAAGACACCCUCUUUGUUCACUGCUAAACAAAAUUCUACAGAAGAGAUCCAAACUAUGAGAUCUUUACUGCAAGACACGUUAAGAAGGCAAUAUGAAGGUAUUCUGAAUGCUACAACUUACAUUCCACUGAAGAUGUAUUUGUCAAAGAGAACACAUUCGGAUGCACAAUUGUUUCAUGAGAUGCAAGAGUUGGAAAGGCCGUUUAAUGAGGUGAUUAAAGAGGAGAAUGUGAUUAAUCAUGAGGAUCUCCUAAAUCCUCAUUCCUCUACACAAGAACCUGUCCACACCAUUCUGAUAAGAGGGAUAUCUGGAUCUGGCAAGUCAACAGCUGUGGGCAAGCUUGUUUUAGACUGGGCAAAUGGCAAAACGCACCUCAACAUUGAUUUUGUGUUUCCUCUUUUCCUGUCUGAGCUGAAUAUUCUGUAUAAGAAUAAAUACAGCCUGAUACAGUUCUUGGAUUUGCUCUUUCCAAAGAUACCAGACCUGGAAACUCUCAAACAAGCUCGAGUCCUCUUUAUAUGUGAUGGGCUGGAUGAGUUUAGACUCCCUCUUAAUUUUAAGCAUGCCAAGAGAUGCGUCAAUCCAUUGAAACCAGUUUCUUUGGACUGCCUGCUUGUGAACCUCCUCAGAGGAAAUCUUAUACCCUCUGCCCAGAUACUGGUGACCUCAAAGCUCAAAAAUCGAGAUCUGAUUCCUCCAGAACAUGUACAGCGGGUGGUUGAAGUUCAUGGGUUUGAUGACUUACAGUGGGAAGAACAUAUCAAGAGAGAAGUACAUGACCAAAGCAUUGCUGCAAGAGCGAUCGUUCAUGUGAAGUCUUCAAGGACCCUGUACAUCAUGCGUUCCUUGCCAUUCUUUGGUCAAAUGGCUGCCACUGUUUUGGAAGAGCUAUUUAGUAACCAUUCCACCACUGACACAAAUCCACCACUGACAUUGACAGAGAUGUUCACACAUUUCAUCCUGAUUCAAAUGAAAAGACAAGCUCUCCAGGAAAGAUCCACUAGAUUAGGCACUGAGGAGAUCCUAAAGUUAGGAAGACUGGCUUGGCACAUGUUAGAAAAGGACAUGUUGACCUUUAUGGAAAAGGACUUUAGAGAGAAAGAUAUUGAUCCAAUACAUCCUGCCAAGCUCUCUGAGAAUAUGCCCAUGCUUUUCAGAGAACAGAAACUGAUGAAUUUAGGGAGAACAUACCGCUUCAUGCAUCCCAGUUUCCAAGAGUACCUUGCAGCACUUUAUGUUGCUGUGCAUUACAAAUCCAGCAAUGGAAAUGUAAUGUCUUUUACACUGGCAGAAAGAGCAGAAAAGUUGCUCAACGCUACAGUGUCACUGGAGAUGUCCAGAAGGGCAAUGAAUAGAGCUUUUAGAAGCAAAACUGGCCAACUAGAUGUAUUUCUCCUCUUUCUCCUGGGUAUAUCUGCAGGACCAAGCAAAAACCUCCUGUCCAUCUUUCUCCAAAAUUCAUCUUGUGAUGUGAGGAAAGAGGACAUAGUCUUAAACAUUGUAAAGAAAAUUCAGGUGAACCCGUUAUAUGAGAUUUCAGUUAAUCUCUUUCGCUGUUUGGAAGAGCUUGACCUAGCCUUACCUGUGGUUGCAAAUCGUGGCCAUGUCGAAUUUGAAAGAAACAUGGAUACACAAUUCUCUCCUUCACAGUGGUCACAUGUGGCUUCUACUUUGUUGACUUCUGAAGAUUCAUUGGUGACAUUUGAUGUUAGAAAAUACACCAACGCAGAUGAAGCCAUCAUGAGAUUGCUGCCUGUAAUCAAGAUCUCCAGAGUCCUCAGACUAGAUGAGGGCACAGAUUUGAGCUGGGCUCUGCUCGCCUCAGCUCUGACAUCACCAGCCAACCAUAUCAAAGAGAUUCACAUCGAGGAGGAGGCCACGUUUAAUUUAAACUUUAAGCUGUUAUCUGUUGGUCUGGGAAGCCUUAACUGCAAAGUGGAGAUACUGAGGAUGCCAUAUUCACAUAAAUAUAGCUGUGAAGAUGCCGAUCCCCUGUUCUCAGCACUUUCAUUGAACCCAACACAUAUGAGAGAGUUGAACAUACUGCGUUCAUUCCACUUGAGUGACAGGACAGUUCAGGGUGUUUCUCAAACCCUAGUGGACCCUAGAUGUCAUCUGGAGAAACUUGCUCUACAAGGAGAAAGCUCUCUCUCCCUAGAUGGAUGUAAGAUCUUGGCAGCAGCUCUCUGUAGCAGUUCUUGUCAUCUGAGAGAGCUGAACUUGAGCAGGUGUUUUCAAAGUUCAGAUGAAGACCAAGCUGUGCAGCUUUUGUCAGAAGCAUUCAGAGACCCGAACUGCAAAAUAACAGUUCUGAGGUUGGCAUUUUACUAUGUAACAUCUUUAUCUGCAUUAUUCUCUGCUUUUCAAAAUAACCCUUCACACCUGAAAGAACUAAGUCUAAGUCACCUAAGUUACCUAAGAACAAAUACUGAUGAACUUAAGCAACUUUUCUCUCUGCUGGCGGAUCCUUGCUUCAAAUUGGAGACACUGCGGAUAGUUAACCGUAGACUAUCUAGUUCUCUUGAAACACUUGCUUCAGUUCUUGGAUUGUGCAGUCUCAGAUGCCUGGAUCUUAGCAUGUGUGGACUGAAAGAUUCUUCAGUGGAGCUGCUUUCUUCAGGACUGUGCAAAACUAACUGUAAACUGGAGAUACUCAGGAUGACACACUGCCACAUCACAGAAGUGGGAGCUGCUUGUUUGGCAAGGGCUCUUCGCAGCAACCCAUUAAUGAUGCAAGAAAUAGACUUGAGCAUCAACCCUGUUAAAGGCCCAGGCUUUGAUCAGCUCAAAUCUGUAGCUGAAGAUCCAGCCACCCGAUUAAAGAAAUUAAUUGUGGAUGGCUUAGAGGAGCACCUUGACAUGGAAACUCUACGGCAAUAUGCAUGUCGGUUGACGUGGGAUCCCAACACAGCAUCUGAAAGUGUGCAGUUGUCAGAGAAAGAUACCAAUGCUGUGGAAUUUUCCAGAAAACCAUGUCCCAUUCCACUCCAUCCAGAGAGAUUUACAAUUCCAAACCAAAUCAUGAGUCGAGAAGGGUUUACUGGACGCCAUUUCUACCAGGUGGAGUGGUUUGGCAGGUUUGCAACUAUUGGAAUGACCUAUAAACACAUAAGUAGGAAGGGAAGCUUUGCUGCCUGUAGCCUUGGAUAUAAUAAAGAAUCCUGGGGCAUUUUCUUCAGCACCCCCUAUCCCAUCUGUUAUGCCUGUCAUGGAGGGGUGAAAAUACAACUCCCUGACUGCUCGCCCUGGAGAGUGGGUUUGUAUCUGGACUGGCCGGCAGGGACUUUGUCCUUUUACAACACCACAAAUGACACAGCCAAACUCAUACACACCUUCAACGCCAAGUUCACUCAUCCUCUGUUCCUCCUUGUAAGUAUAAGUGCUGGUGCACAGCUGUUGGCAGAAGAGCCCCCUCCUGUCUGUUGCCAUGACCACGACCCCUGGGAUAUGUUUAGGGGCUUUAAGGACUGCAAGGGUUGUAAUGGAUCAAAGGCCUUAUAGAUAAACUGACAUUCCUUCAAGGAAAAUUACAUUUUCUUUCGUGUUUGUGGAUGAGCUGAUGAUAACGUUUGUAGUGACGCCAGCAGAUACAGUAUAUUAGAUGUUUGAGUAGGGGAGAUGGGGGGUAGUUGUAACAGGGAGCAGUUGCAACACAAACAUUCUUCAAUCACAAACAAGCUAGAAUAAUGACAUUAAACCUGAUCGCACAGGAAAUCGAUAUGCUUCUUGCAAAUGUUCAUGUAUCCUGAAAUCAGCUCCAUACUACUGUAUUAAUGACAAGCUCAAUCUAUCCAUCCAUCUUUGAUAUCCACUUAUCCUACUUAUUCUAUUAUUCCAUGUGCCAUGGAAACCGGGACGGAAUCGCAUUCACAUAAAUAAUGGUGAACAGGAUUCGGAGGUUGCAUUUUUGCUCUUAAAUUAAAUUUUUACUCCACUGAGGGUUAGGUUUAGGGUAUAUGUUAACUAAAAAAUGCAAAUAUAAUAUGCAUUCCUGUUGAAUAUAUUUCAUCAUUUACAAUACAACUCCAUUUUGGCGCCACCCUGUGGACAUUUCAAUUCAACAACACUUCCAGUUUCAGCCACUGUGCACAAUUUCUUCGUUAAGCACAGUUGAUUCAGCAGCAGAACUUUCCACUGGUGGGCUCAGUUUGCUUAUUUAGCAAAUGCUUAGUAAAGCGGUGUCUGAGAAAAAGAAAUAUGAUUGUAUGUCCUUGUGAGAAAUAUAAAUGAUUUUGUGUUUUGAUUGUCUUGUAUUUUUUCUUCUGCUGUCCAAAAUGAUGAUGCCUUUAAAUUUAAACUUAAAGUUGUUGGUUAAAAGUUAACAUUAUUUUACUGA